AUGGCUUCAAAGGCUCUCAUUGUGGCUCUCCUUGCCUCGUUGGUCGGAAUAUCGUAUGCUGUGACAACAACAACGGACUAUUGCGCAGGGUCGCCCACUCAGUACUGCGACUUCCUCAUCCAAGGGUCUACGUCAGUUCCGACUGUGAGCCUUCAAGUCUUCUCUGGGAACAGGAUUCUCUCGGGAAAGCCUAUUGUUUACAAGACUGGCGAAGGGAUUAAGACCGCAUACUCGUACCAGUGCACUUUCCCCAACGAGAAGGGCAAGAAAGCUCGUACCGCAUGCGGAAGCAUGUUCCACUUCAUGAGCCAGACGAACAGCUGGAACGAGACGACUCUUGUUGGCAGCCACAUGAUCACCAAGCAGAACUUGGACAAAUUCAAGAACAAGUGCGUGAAGAUGCUUAUUGAUAACGUCAUGCUCGCAAAGGGCGGCUGGGUCAACAACGGAGAUGGGAAGGCGAUGUACCCUCAGAGGAGACGUUGCGUGAUGGACCAAAAUCUGACCAUGGCGUCUCGCGGGUUGUGUGCAGCACUCCUGUUAGCAUUCGGACUUGUACUGUGCCUCCAAGCGGUCCCGUCUCAGAGCGCCCGAUGCUACUCCAGGCCUCUAGCGCCUUGUGACUUCAUGGUGCAAGGAAGCGCAGGUGUGGUGCCGCAGUAUCGCGUGGUGUCGUUUUUGGGAAACAGGCUGCUCAGCCGCACCCCCAUCAUCCACAAGUCCGGCGAUCUUGUCCUCACUGCCUCUUCCGAUGACUGCACGUUCGUGAACUCGGGCGCGGGUUGCGAGAACCGGUUCUUCUUCAUGCCGCCAGGCAACGACUACAACAGGACCAACUACAUCGGGCAACACCCCAUCGACCGCACUAGCCUUGCGGUAUACAAGCAGCAGUGCGUUCUCCUCUACAUGAAUAACGCUCUCUUGGCGAGGGCUGGGUGGCUCAAUAACGGGGACAACAAGCGCAAGUUCCCCCAGGCUCGGCGCUUUCAUCGGUUUCAGUUUGACACGGAUCCAGCUGUCCCUGCCUUACCAAUUUUGCUCAUUCGUUUCCGUGGCUACCCGCGCAACUUUCGGCAAAGCUCUCACGACUUCGAGCAUAGAGACGACUGGGAUUGGUCUCUGUCAAUCACACUUCUCCUCGUGUCGCUAGUCGCAGCCUUGUCGCACAGCGACCCGCCCACGAAUCUCAUUCUCAAUGGCGACAUGGAAGAGCCUGGUGUUCGCGGCGACGCCAGCAUCGCAGGCCCGCUUACGCGCCGCCACAGGAAACGCUUACCCUCCGCAUGGCACCUAGUUUCCGGGUCGAUUAAGUACGUACGGCUCGAGCACUGGCCCGCAGCCUCCGGCGAUCAUAGCAUCGCUCUCAACGGCCACGGGCCUGCGACUCUCGCGCAGCGUGUGGUAACCCGACCGGGCGAAUUCUACUUCGUGCACUUCGACCUCGCUGGGGAUCCUGGUUUGGAAGACGAGGGAGCAGUGCGAUCGCUGCGGGUCAGCGUGAUGGACGAGGAAAGUGGGGCUCCGGUUACCGCUCGAACAUACGAGUUCGACACGUUUUCGCACGGGGGUGCGGAGGAGGCGAAACGCAGUCGCGAAGGGAUGGGGUGGCGGUCGCACACGCUCGCGUUUGAAGCACCUGGCGCCGCGGUCACUCUGCUGUUUGCGUCGACGACUCCCGGAAUUCACGGUCCCGUAAUCGACAACGUGCGGGUGCACAAGCAAAAUGCCACGUCGGCGUUCCUCCACUCUCCAAACACGAUCUACCAUUCACCGACAAUCGACACGGUGGGACCCGCCGCGACCCCCGAGGCGUGCGGACGACGCUGCCUCGAAAUCCCCGACUGCCGCGGCUUCUCUAUUGACAUUCCCGUUCCCGGUUUAAGCGAUACUUCGGUACAGUGCCAUUUGAAGAUGCUUAUGAAGAAGCCAUCCGUGGUCGGGCAGAACCGAGCGGACUCGUACGUUCUGAAGCGCGCCGAGUGUUCGUUCGGGCACAGUAACGCGAUGCAAUGUCCGGACAUGCUGCCUAUAUCGGGGAUGCUGCCCAUGGCGUGUGUCGCGCACAAGUCCGCGAAACGCCAGACAGAGCACCCCUUCGCUGGAACGUGCAAGGCGCUAAGGCGGACGAAUCUGUGUCCUUACGCGGGUGGUUACUUCGCUAAAGGGUUCGGUAAUAUCGGGAGCGCGGACGACUACAGGCGGUGCUCGUGCGUGGAGGGUUCGGGAGGAAUCGCGCGGUUGCAAUGCGGACACGUGGUGUAG